AUGAGCCUGAGCACCCAAGACGACGCCUCGACAAGAGGGGAACCACACCCACGGGUGCCAUUGUCGUUGGCACCAACCAAGGCGGAGCGAGGCUUUCACCCGAGGCUCUGGCACUCCCACAACCGCCACCACUGCCCACCUCUGCACGGAGCACCUACCGUGGCACCUCAUGCCACGGUAGGCACCGCCACGCCAACAAUCACAAACCUGAGUCCGCCGCCUCAGCAUCCAUGCGCCACCGGCAGCUACACUGCACGCAGAGCCGAGCAACACCACGACAACCUCGACGUGAGCACAUCCCCGCACCCUCCAGCGGCCACAGCUAGCUCUGCCCAAAACCAUGCAGCAAAGCGCUGCCUGAGGGGGCAGGACACAAACAUGCAAAUCUGGAGUCCCAGCGCCCCGCGCAGUCCGGUCGCCAGGAGCCCACACGCAGCCGCACCUCAAACGCCUGAAGACCGCCAACCUGCGACUUCCAAUCGCCUCCAGAUCCGGCGAGCAACUGAGCAACUGCUCACCGGCCCCACAGCCCCCGUUGCAUGGCCACCAACCACCCACCGGAGAGGGGCUCCACCACCAUGGCACGAGGAUGCCGCCCCAGCCUUCAUGUGUCGACGAGCAGGCCACCACCGCCCCAGCCGCGACAUCAACACUCAGACGCUGCCAGAAUCUCCCACGUCACCUUUGGCAGCUGGCCCGCCGCCGCCACGGCUAGGUGUCGCCAUGGGGUGUGAUACUGGGGGGUUCUUGUUUUUCAUAUAUUUCCUUAUUCUAGGUUCCCGGCGGCCACCUGCUCUGCCGACCGGUCAGGAGAUGGCGUCACCACUGACGGACCUCCCCGUCCACCUCCUGGCCGAGAUCUUCCUCUGGCUGCUCGACCCGGCUGACCUCGCCCGCGCCUCCGCGGCCUGCGUCACCUUCCGCCGGCUCGCCACCAACGGCUCCUUCCUCCGCGCCUUCCGCAGCCUCCACGCCCCGCUCCACCUCGCGCUCCUCAACCUCGGCGGGUUCCACCCAGCCCUCCCGCCUCACCCCUCCGCGCCCACCGCCCGCGCGCUCGCCCUCGUCGCCGACUUCAAGUUCUCGUUCCUCCCCUCCCACCGCCGAUGGAUCGUGUGGGACGUCCGCGACGGCCGCGUCCUCCUCUCCCGCAAGAUCACAGAAGAUGGGCAGCCCCGAGUCUUCCCGGAGCUCGCGGUGUGCGACCCCUUGCACCGGCGGUAUUUCCUGCUUCCCCCAGUACCUGACGACCUAGCCGCUUCGGUGGAGCACAGGCUCCCCCACCCUUUCCUCGCUCCCAUCGGCGAGGAGGAGGCGGCACCCACGGAAGAGACGGCAUUCAGGGUGAUCUGUUUGGCACCUGGCAAAACUAAGCUGGCGGCCUUCGCCUUCUCUUGGAGCACAGGACAAUGGCGAGAUGCUGCAUCCAAGUAUUUGAGUGAUUUGGGCCUUGCCAUGGGUGACUCGGACAUGAUGUCAUGGAUGAACCCUUUUUAUCUCAGGCGCCAUUAUGCUUAUGGUUGCUUCUACUGGGACUUUCUCGUGGUCAAGCGGAACCUGUUGGUCGUGCUUGACAUCAGGAGGAUGGAGUUCUCCAUUGCAGAACUACCACCCGGAGAAUGGUAUAGGAAAGGUGUAGCCAUUGUUGAGGCAGGGGAAGCCAGGCUUGGGAUGUUUGGUCUCCGUGGUGAAAAUGAAAUUGCAUCUGAUCUCAGUUAUGCCAUUGUGCGAAACAGCGGUGAGAGUACCAACCAGUGGCUGAUGGAGAAGACAAUCUCACUAGAUUCUGGGUACCACUAUUUUAUCAAAGCUGUAACAGAGAGGUGUUUGCUAUUGAUGAGAACAGAAUCCCUGCGAGGUUCACCUAUAGAGAAGCCACUCCUUGAGUAUUUCACAAUGGACAUCAACACAUUGCAGCUUCAGAGGAUUCAGUGGAGUCGCCAACAGAUCAGCUUUUCUGAGUUCAGAGUGGUUGCUGUUUCGAUACCAUGGAGUUGUCACCAGAUGUGA